AUGGCGACAAACUUCUCCAUCGAGGCCAUGCUCACCGCGGCCGGCCAGGGCGUCGAACACGCUGUGCUUAUGAUGAAUCACCACAUCAUCACUGUACAGGACCCUAAGCCCUGGCGGAACGGGGGGUUGAUGAUGGGGAGCACGAUCACCGGCUCCAUGCUCAGGCAAACAUGGGCCACCAAGCUGACUGGCCGUGCACUGUACAAGCGACGACUUAUCGUCACGGUCAUCAAUUACAAGCCGGCCUGGCUAGAGGCUUUGAGGGAACAAUAA